UGCUCCUGGCACAGCACUAGAGGAGCACUUGAUAGAUGUACAGUUAGAGGAUGUGCUGUUGCGGUAUAAGGGAUAUUCAACAGGUGAGCCCUCAAAUGACCGAUUCAUAACCACAUCAGACAGCAGAAGACUGGAGACUUGGCUUUUUUUUCCCCCUUUCUUUCUUUUCCAGCUGCUCCACUGAGAUUUCAACCAGUGGUUUUUGGCUUGUGCAACAAUGGGAAGAUGCUGCAAAUGCAACGGGAGACUAUUAUGCAUGUGCUUGCUGCCAUGUAUGAUGACUGGACACCUUGUGAUUUACAUCAUGGUGACCAUAUUUGUCACCAUUUCUUACGCUCCUCCAAAAGUAAUCAUUCACUACAUUGCUCCAGGGAUUUCAGCCAAUUCCUCCACCCUGGCCUCACACCCACUUGGUCCUUUCUGGAAUCUUCGCCUGGAUUACAGUGCACUGUGGAACCAGUUGCAGCACACCUGGGACCGUCAGCACAAUCCGAUAUUAAGAGGAAACCUAACUGGGAUGCAGAGAAGUCCAAAAGGUCAGCCUUUCACUGAAAUUGAGGAUGAUUGUCUAUCAGCCUGCAUGUCACAGAAGUGUUCAGUUCCUAGCGUGAAUGACUUCAACAGCAUGCCAGAGCAAAUUAGAGCAUUUAUCAAGUCAAUGCACUGCAGGAAGUACCCUCUUCUUAUCAACCAGCCUGGAAUGUGUCAGAGGAACAAUGAUACCACUGGGGUGGGGUCUMCAAUGCUCCUCAUCGCUAUCAAAUCACAAGUGGGGAACUUUGAAAACCGACAGGCCAUACGUGAAACAUGGGGACACAGCGGUCUGGUGAGGGGGGAAUUCAAUACAAAAGGGGGAUUAGUGCGCACGGUUUUCUUGCUCGGAAGGCAGGACUCGAGUACAGGCCCUUACCCAGACCUGAACAACCUUCUGGAACUUGAGAACGAGAAGUACGGAGAUAUUCUGCAGUGGGAUUUCAGGGAUACGUUCUUCAAUUUGACCUUGAAGGACUUGCUGCUGUGGAGUUGGUUCAAGCAGUACUGCCCUACCGCCGCUUUUGUCUUCAAAGGGGAUGACGAUGUUUUUGUUCGGACAGAUGCCCUUCUGAGUUACCUGCAUAAAAAAGUGGAGGAGUACAAGCUUUGGGACUACACUAAUGAAACAGACAUGAAUUUGUUUGUCGGCGACGUGAUCAGCAACGCAAUGCCGAACCGUGAGCCAUCCAUGAAAUACUACAUACCGGAAAGUUUUUACAAAGGUGUGUACCCACCUUACGCCGGUGGAGGAGGGGUGGUGUAUACAGGCUCACUUGCCUUACGUUUACGGGAGGUGUCUGAAAGGGUUCGCCUUUUUCCUAUUGAUGAUGUCUACCUUGGGAUGUGCCUAAACAGACUCGGGCUUUCUCCAGUCCACCACCCAGGUUUCUUAACAUUUGAUCUCCCCGCUACAGACAGAAACAAUCCGUGUGCGUACAGAUCCAUUCUACUCGUUCACAGACGGAAUCCAAAGGAAAUGCUGACCCUAUGGAAACAGCUCCAGAACCUGCCUGCUCAAUGCUGAGUCUCAUUUGCAAAGCAAAUAGGAUUUAGUAAGUACCAGACGACUGCGGCCACUACACUAAUUUGAAAAAAAUUACACACUGUGGCCAGGAGGCAGUGCAUGGUAAGGUCACCUUUAAUCAACCUUUCCUGUGGAGAAUUAUGUAACUCCCAGGAGGAGACUGAUCUACCUCAGAAGGUACUUUAUUACAGGAACACUACAGAGCAAUAACACACCUCAAACUCUCGUUUUUGUCAUUGCUUGUACGAAUGUGCCCUAUUUUAUCUAAAAACAUUUCUCCUCUAUUUUAGAAAGAUAAAGAUUUAUAAAUGGAUAGACUGAAGUAUGCUUUAUGCGCAAAUAAAAUUGUUUAAGCAUACAUUGCUAAUGGAAAGUUUAUGUGCUGUCCUUGUUCAUUUUGAGCCGUUGAGGAUGCAUCAGAAUCAUUCUCUUUAUGUUCUGCACUGUCAGCAUACUUAGUAAGUUCAAUARGAAUCGCAAUACAAGAAUUGUAUUCACAAAUUUUAAUUUAUUAUAUAAUAUCUUUAAUCUUCAAUGUGAAUGUUAGUUGAAAUACUUCUCAGUGAGCUGUAAAGAAACAAUGGAAUCUAUAACCUUCCUGAUAUGAUUCCUGAGUUUGAUCUGGUGCAUUGUCCACAAAUCUUCAGUCGUGUUGAUAUGGGGCCUUUAGGAGGUUCGAUCUUUGGAAUCCUUGUGCUAUUGAACAUCCACGUGUGUCCAAGUUUCAAAUACCUGAUUUAAACGGUUAACAGAGAGGGGGUUGGAUAGUUUGUUCAAGGAUAAACAGGUACGAUUAAUCCUCAAGGCUAUCACACCAAGAGCUAAGAGGUUGCUGAAAGCAACCUGACUAAUUUUUUAUUUUUUUUGCUGUUGUUUUUUUUUUUGUUGCUUUUAAUGAUAAGGACAAGAAGAAGGUUUGGAGGAGUCAAAGCAAAGCUUUCAAAUCUCUUAACCAGGUGGAGGCAGUGCCAUGAUGUGGGAUAUUUCAAUUUAGUUUGUAAUGACGAUUUACACAAAGGCCCCUAGUGAAGGACAGCUGAAGCUUUCUAAGGAGAAAAAGAACAAGAUUUGAUUCUGUCAGUGGAUAGAGAAGUAGGUGAUAUGGGGGAAAGACAAACAAAGGAGAGAUUGUGUGUUGUAUACACAAGUUGCAACGGAAUGGUUUGAUUUUAUCUUGAGACACAAAAUAUUCUCAAUAAAUUGUUUCUCAUAUUAUGACUUUAAG